CUCUUCAUUGACAGUCCCGUGGGGACGGGCUUCAGCUUCACUUCCGAUGAGUCAUUCUACGCCACCACUCACCAGGAGGUCUCUCGAGACCUGCUUGAAGCGCUGAAGCAGUUCUUCACCGUCUUCAGCGAAUAUCGCGGCAAUCCCUUCUUCAUCACCGGCCAGUCGUACGCCGGCAAGUUUGUCGCCUCUUUGGGGGCGGCCAUUCAUCGACUGGGAGGAACCAGGGAGGAAACGAUGGAAAGGUGGGGCAUCAACCUGCAGGGCUUCGCCAUUGGAAACGGCCUCUGCGACCCGGCCAGCCAGCUCAACUACGGCGACUUCCUCAGUGCCACGGGGCUGAUCGACCGGAAACAGCGAGACUGGUAUCGAGAACGGGAGGUGAAGAUGAGAAAAGCCAUUGAAGAGGGCGACAGGGCAGUUUUCAUGGAGCACCUAAACCGACUUUGGGACGCCUUUGAGGGACACACCGGUCUGCGCUGGCAGUACAACUUCCUCGAGCAGUACUCCCCAAAGGAGAUGGAAAAUUGGAAGUACUUUUACUUCGAUGCCUCCACUCGAGCGUCACUGCACCUAGGGAGCCAUCAUCGGCGGAACGGCUUCGAAGUGGUCCGGGAGCGGCUGCAGGAGAAGGACGUGAUGGCUGGCGUGAAGGCGGAAGUGGAGGAGCUGCUGGAGGCGGGCUAUCGGGCGCUCUUCUACGCCGGAAACCUCGAUAUUAUCGUCGCGGCGCCGCUGGUGGAGGGCUUUGUGCACAGUCUGAACUGGACGGGAGGAGGUGGUGGACCUGGUGGGCGGAAGUUUUAUGACUCGCAGAGAACUAUCUACCGGAUGGACUUCAAUAGCUCAGCUGUGGCCGGUUAUGUGAAGGAGGUGGGCAAUCUGCUGUACAUUGUUGUGCGCAAUGCCGGCCACCUGGUCCCGUAUGAUCAGCCCAAGGUGGCACUUGAUAUGAUCACGCGAUUUGUGAAAGGGAGAAGCUUUACAUACUGUGCAGAAUUGACUGAUAAUUGCUAA